UCGUAGAAGAAAAAGACUCCAUCAAGUAUAGGAAGAAGACGUGCAAAAUUCGACCAAGUUACAUGGAGGAAUUGAUAUCAUUUUCAUGGCGUAACGCCCGUCUACCACGAGAACAGGGGCCGAUUUUUUUAUUUUAAUUUAAUGGCGGCAAUUUCGUUUUGUAGCUAGUUACCUUGUGCAAGUGAGCAAAUAGGUUGCUAGCUUAUCCGGAUUCUCAGUCAUUUUUUUCUACUCUGGCGUCAACUCUGUAAUAAAGAUAGUGAUGUUUGACUUGUCUUCCUAAGAAGACAAUUAAAAGGGAGACAGUGACUGAAAUGAAAAAGUGGUAAAGAUUUCGUUUUAUAGUAUAGCCACUUGAGCACAGAUGUUAUCUGUGUGUGCUACUCCUUUAGCCACGUAAACUGCUCCUGACUGGUGUUGACGUAGUAUUGGCAGCACCAGCAUCAGACGGGUUUUUACAAACUAACGGUUGAUACUCCUUGUAACAACUUUGCAAGCCGUCAUGCUUUAGCUGGAUCCGGACGUGUGGCUUGUUGCUCUCCUGGUUCUGGUUGCAUUUAUCGGAGGAUGAAGCGGGUCGUCUGGCUGAUAUCAGGCUUAAAUAGAAGAAUGAUGAAGCUCCUUUUCGCCUUCGCUCUGAUCGCCUACAUUGUUUCUGUCUGGGGAACAUACACAAACAUGAGAGCAGAGCAAAAACACGGAGAGAUGAAGAUUGAGCAGAGAAUUGCUGAAGCUGUGGCUCCACUGAGAGAGAAGAUACGCGAUCUGGAGCAAAGUUUCUCUCAAAAAUACCCACCUGUGAAGUUUUUGUCAGAGAAGGAUCGAAAGAGGAUUUUGAUUACCGGUGGUGCAGGCUUUGUGGGCUCCCAUCUGACUGACAAGCUGAUGAUGGACGGCCAUGAGGUGACCGUGGUGGACAACUUCUUCACUGGGCGGAAACGGAACGUGGAGCACUGGAUUGGCCACGAGAACUUUGAGCUCAUCAAUCACGACGUGGUGGAGCCGCUGUACAUCGAGGUGGAUCAGAUCUAUCACUUGGCCUCUCCGGCCUCCCCUCCCAAUUACAUGUACAACCCCAUCAAAACCAUCAAGACGAACACCAUCGGCACUCUCAACAUGCUUGGUCUGGCCAAACGCGUGGGCGCCAGGCUCCUCUUGGCUUCUACGUCGGAGGUUUACGGAGACCCUGAGGUACACCCCCAGAAUGAAGAGUACUGGGGCCACGUGAAUCCCAUUGGUCCUCGAGCAUGCUAUGAUGAAGGCAAACGUGUCGCCGAGACCAUGUGUUAUGCCUACAUGAAGCAGGAAGGAGUAGAAGUGAGAGUGGCGAGGAUCUUCAACACGUUCGGCUCCCGAAUGCACAUGAACGACGGCCGCGUCGUUAGCAACUUCAUCCUGCAGGCCCUACAGGGAGAACCUCUCACGGUUUACGGCACCGGUUCCCAAACAAGAGCCUUCCAGUAUGUGAGUGACCUGGUGAACGGCCUGGUGUUGUUGAUGAACAGCAACAUCAGCAGUCCUGUCAAUCUGGGAAACCCAGAUGAGCACACCAUACUGGAGUUUGCUCGGCUCAUCAAAAGUCUUGUCGUGAGCCAAAGUCAGAUCAAUUUCCUUCCCGAGGCCCAGGAUGACCCACAGAGGCGAAGACCCGACAUCCGAAAAGCCAAGAUGAUGCUCGGCUGGGAGCCAGUGGUGCCCCUGGAGGAGGGCCUGAACAAAACCAUCCAGUACUUCAGCAGGGAACUGGAGCACCAGGCCAAUAACCAGUACAUCCCCAAACCCAAAGCGGCCCGCACGAAGAAAGGCCGACCCAGACACACCUAAAUAAGUCGACCUGUCUUUGUGCCAAGGUGCAUUCUGGGAUAUUUAUUUUGGAGAAGAAUACGACAUUUGAUUGUCCUGUUGCCUUGAUGAGGAGCUGUAAGUUGCACUGUUAGGCGCCAGAUGAGCCUGAAUCCAAUUAUUUAAAACACAGCCAACUCUACGUUGCUUUUUUAAAACAUUUUUUGUUUUUGUUUUUUUCUUUUUUGGGUGAAUUUGUGCUUAUGCUAUUUAAAUCUCUCGCGGCGCUUCAGAUCUUUGUUUCUUAAAAGAUUUAUUUGGAGACGACAUGAUUAGCACGUCUCGCGGCAGAAGAGAUCGUUACUUUGAUGUUGUUGCUUCACUUUGGGAAGCAGCUCACAUCUGGAUGUGAAUUAUUCAUAUCAGGUGAAGAUGCUAUUUUAAUAAAGUAUUUACAAUAACUCAUGUGGCGAGUAGCAUCUUUUGACACCGCCUUGUUCUUUGAGAUGACCUCUGUUGCAGGGUCUCUGUGCAGUCCCCUCAAACCAGUGGGAAAACCAGUGGCAGAGUCAGGAGAAGAACUUUGAAGCUGGCUAUUGUGCACCCAGACAGUCAAGGCAGUUGUCAUGUGCACAGUUAAAUAGCACAGCUUGGAUUUGAGCAUUGCCAAAGGUGAGGAUUGUUGCACAUCUUCUGGAAGAGUGUUCCAGAUUUUGGCAGCGUAAAACUGAAACGCAGCCUCACCGUGUUUAGUGAAAAAAAUACAUCAUUUAAAAGGAAAGUGCCAAAAAAACAUUAAUUAGAGAUGAAAAAGUACAGUAAUCCCUCCUUUAUUGCGAGUAAUUGCUUCCAGACCCGACCGUGAGAAGUGAAUUUCCGUAAAGUAUGAUUCUUUUUAUUAAUUAAAUAUUUUCAUAGUUACAACCUUCUAAAUAUGGUUUUUAACAUUACUAGAGCCCCCUAGACAUGAAAUAACACCCCUAUAGUCACCUUUACACUCCUAUUACCCAAUAUAGUAGACAUAAUAAGAGAAAAUAAAACAUAAGACAUAACAUAGACUCAUGUUAGCAUUGGAAAAGGUGUUCCUUUUUGGAACUUAUGUUUCCAUACUGCCCGUCUCAUCAAUGUAACAUGACUGGCACCUAGUGACCAGUGUAGAAUACUACAUGUCUUGGAAAGCGUCUUCUGAAUGCCUUUUUUUUUUUUAUUCGGCGAUUUUUAUUUUUGAAAAUGCUUACUGUAGGCCAAAAAUAUGUCAAAUUUGUUUAAAUAUGUAUUUUCUGUUUCUUAUACUAAUAUAACGUAUUCAACCCCAAAAGAGCAGUGACUUAUUCAACGCUGGAUGCUUGGUACUUGAUUCACUCGAGUCACACGUUGCAGCUCACGUGCAGAAACUCACACGUGGAACACUCCAAUCGCUUGUCACAGAGCAUAGUUUGACUGGUACCAGUCAUUUAAAUUGGAAGCAAUAAAGAGAAAAAUCUUGGAUUUUUUUUUAAGAACAAAAAUAAGAUUUGAUUUGUUUUAUUUGAAAAUCGUGGGGUUUUUUUGGUUUUUUUUUUUUGUUUUUUCAAAUAAAUGCCACAUCAUGGGCUUGAAAAACUUCAAACAGAUUUUAUUUUUGUUGACAUUGUUGCUUUUUGGGUACUACUGCUUUUCAUAGGAAGAUUUGGUCCGAAAAGAGCUUAGAAAGUUGGGUUAUUUUUUGAGGGGGGGAGUUCCACCAUCUCAUUGGUUUUGCUUGGAAAGGUGAACAAACUGUAGACAUAGAAGAGAACCAGAAGAGCAUAUUUAUUAUUUUUGGACAUGACAUGAUAGCAUGUUUACUUGUAGAAGCAAGGUCAUUUUCACAUAACAAGCUUAUGUGCUUGCGUU